UAAAAAAAACACACAAAUCUAAACGAUACCCUAAAACUCGCAGUUCACAUACUGAACUGAAAUAGUUGGAACUCCCAAAAGCAAAAUGGCGUCUCUUUGUUGCUCUCUACACUUAACCCCAAAAUUUUAUCCUUUAGCCCCAAAACCCUUCCUCAAUUUCACCUUUCAAAACCAACCAAAAUCCAAUGUCCGAUUUUCAAGACGACCCACCAUCACCCGCAUGUCACUGAACCCUACUCCGGCCAUUGAUCGCCUAAUCUCAGCCGCCGCCUACGCUCUCCCGUUCUUCAACUCCCUCCAAUACGGCCGCUACCUGUUCAUCCAAUACCCUCAAUUGGGUACCCUUUUCGACCCCCUUUUACCACUCCUAAGCCUCUACAAAUCCGUCCCAUACGCCAGCUUCGUGGCCUUCUUUGCAUUGUACCUGGGGUUGGUUCGGAACCCGAGUCUCAGCCAUUACGUGAGGUUCAAUUCGAUGCAGGCUGUGACAUUGGAUGUGCUGCUGGUGGUGCCGUUGUUGUUGACCCGGAUAUUGAAUCCAGGUCGGGCGGGGUUGGGGUACCGGUUGAUGGUGUGGGGACAUACUGGGGUUUUCGUGUUUAGUCUUCUGUGUUUUGUUUAUGGAGUGGUUUGGAGUAUUUUAGGUCGGACUCCUUAUUUACCUUUCGUCGCCGAUGCCGCCGGAAGGCAAGUUUAGGCUUGUACGUACUACAAUUCUGGUUUCCAUGUCGAAAUUUGAAGUUUUCAAAUUGAAAUAUCAUUCUGAAGAACAUUGUAAUGUACUAGUAGUUUGAUUGUAUGCUCAUUAUCACGUUGCAAGAAAUAGACAAAAUGAUUAUAAAUAGAUAAAAUAAAUUCAAUUAUGACAUAACUAGUUUGUGAAAUGAUAUUACAUAUUAUGUUACAUCAGGUUUGAAUUUGGUUGUUUGUAAUGAAAUUCGAAAAUGAAAUUCUUCAGGUUUGUUUGCUCAGAGGCAAUAAUAAUUGCAUAAGAAUCUGGAUAUACUGAUGCCAAGUGUAGAUGUGGGAAAUUUUCCAACAACCCUUCAUAAACUCCUAAUCUAA